CCGAGCUCGGACACUCCCCGGGGCCGGCGGACGCAGCGGCCUGCGGACGGGACCCGGAUCACACCCGCGAGAUGGCGGCCGCAGCCGUGAGCAGCGCCAAGCGGAGCCUGCGGGCCGAGCUGAAGCGGCGUUUGCGGGCGCUGAGCGCCGAGGAGCGGCUGCGCCAGUCCCGCCUCUUAGCCCAGAAGGUGUUUACCCAUAGUCAAUAUCAAAAGUCCAAAAGAAUCUCCAUCUUUCUGAGUAUGCAAGAUGAAAUUGAGACAGAAGAGAUCAUCAAGGACAUUUUCCAACAAGGCAAAACCUGCUUUAUCCCACGGUACCAGUUCCAGAGCAAUCACAUGGAUAUGGUGAAAUUAGCAUCGCCUGAGGAAAUCUCUUCACUUCCCAAAACAUCCUGGAAUAUUCAUCAGCCCAGUGAGGUCGAGGUUCGGGAGGAGGCCUUGUCCACAGGUUCUCUGCUUUCCAGCACUACAAGUGAACCUGUAGAGAUGAGAGUCUGCCAGUGGGACCUUCCCUUUUAUUUUUCUACUUUGACCAUGAUAUUUCUAGUCAUCUUGGGACCAUGUAAGGUAGACUUGAAAAUCUCCCAGAGAUGAGAAACAUGGGAAAAUGGAUCACAGAGAAAUUAACCAGAUGUUCCAAGGUUGCAGAGCUGUGUGUGUUGGAGUGAAGAUAAGCAACCCAGGUCCAUUUGACUUCAGCUUUGGAGCCCUUUAAACCCUACAUUUCACUGCUUUUCUCUUUUUUUCUUUUUUUCUUAUUCCAUUGCUUCUUUCUUUUAGUUUCUUUUCCUGGUAUUGUUUUAUGUCUUUUAUUUUUCCCUUGAUGUGAUUUUCUGUUACAAAAGUGUUAAGUUCAUUCUCACUUAUUCUCCCAUCUCUCCCUGUCUCUUUCUGUUUCUCUCGGUUUCAAUUUCCUCUUUGUCUCAGCAACAUGCAGGACGUUAGUCUUAGUUUCUAGAUGUCUGAGUAUUUUUUCUUUUAAUAUCUAUUUGAAUUUUUAACUUAUUGCAUUGUGAUCUCAAAGUAUUAUCUAUAAACUUCUGCUCUUGUGUUUAUAGAUAUGAUUUAGUAUGCGAUCAUUUUUUGCUUAUAGAGCAGGUAUGUAUACUUCAAAAGAAAAAGUAAUCCAUAUUUGUGGAUUAUGAAACUUAGUAUAAGUCUGUUAUAUGUACUGCAUUUAUUGUGUCUUUCGUUUUUUUCUAUGUCUUUAUUUAAUCUCUUGUCAACUUGGAUCUGUAAUAGACUGAUAAUGGUAAAUAACUUUCUCCCUCCCGAAAAAAACAAAAAAGCACGUUUUUGUUUCAUUUCUCGUGUAUUUUUAUAGUAUUUUGCUGUAUGUGCUUGCAAGUCUUAUGUAAAACUUUUGCUUUUAAACACUGUGCUGUCCAGAAUUAAUCUGGCUGUUCCUUGGUUUGAAUUUGACAGGCAUAUUCUGGCCUAUGAAUUUAUUUUUAACUUUUAGAAUCUUUCUGCUGCAGAAAACAUAUCUUACGGACAACUUAAUGGUAACUUUUUAAAAAAUAUAAUCUUUAGUGAAUUCCCUGGUGGUCUAGUGGUUAGGACUCGGCACUCUCACUGCCGUGGCCUGGGUUCAAUCCCUGGUCGGGGAACUAAGAUCCCACAGGCCGAGAGGAACAGCCAAAAAGAGAAAAAAAGUACAAUCCUUAAAUAGCUUGAUAGGCCACUUACAUUCAUUUUUAUAACACCACACCGUGUUUAUCAUCUGUCAUCCCACUUUAUGUCUACUUGUCCUCUGUCUUCUCUUUUGAUUUUUGAUGUGUGUUUUGAUAAAUGAUUGUUUUAUACUUCAUUUUCUGUCUUAAAGAAUUUUAAAAAGUAACCCUCUAAUUUUUAAAAAAAUCAUUUGCGAUCAAUGAGACAUUCCACGAACAUUCUUACAGCUACAAUCACCAUUUCUAAACUUUCUGAACAAGCACAACUUUUAACUCCCCUUUAUAGCCAAUGAAAGAUGAAUUUUAUAGGUUUUACUUCUUUUCCUUUGUCCUCCUUUCUCAUCCCUUUCUCAAUUGGUAAAAUCUGGGUUUUGAUUCUACUUUAUUUUUUUCUCACCUUUUUCCCCAGUUUUAGUUAUUUGUAGCUUAUUUGUGGACCACAAUUUUAUUCUAGUUAAACAAAUUAAUUUUUCGUAGUCAAUUCUAUUUUCUCCAGUUCUGUUAUUACUGUAUUGUUGACAUCCUUACUGUUAUUAAUGAUUUUUUUCUUUAAUGAGCAGCUGGGCAUAUAGGAUUUCACAAGUAUUUUUCCAUAUCCAAAUACUCCUUUUCAUCUCUGUUUUUGAGUGUGCUCACUGCA